CUCCCCGCCCCCACGGCGCAUAGCUUCUCUACGCGCCCCCUUGGAGGUAGGGGACUGUCCUCCUGGGCGCACUCUGCCUUGCUUCGGGGAGCCGGGGCUCUUUGUGGGAAGAUCUUGGGGGCGCGCCCCUCCCCUGGGGCCAGGGGCCUCUGAGAGGCCCUUCCCACUAGCCCGCCCCGCUUUUCCGGCGCCGCCCGUAGCCCCAUUCUGAGACCCCCGGAAAGGGAAGACCUUCGUGCGGGCCCGCGACCCGGCUGAUAGGGAUCGGGCCGAGGGGCUUUACGCCCCGCUCCGGGACAGGUGUGUGGGGCAAAGCGGCCUCGACCCUCAGCUGAAAUCCGUGAGGACCAGGUGAGCUACAUCUUUUCUGUCGGGGCUCAGGGCGCUGUCUCUCGAGCAGGGCGGAAGAUGCGCCCAGAAGUCGCUCGGCCCACCUUAGCGCCGCCGGGUAGGCGUCUCUGUUCCUCAGGUCUUCGAGAGGGAGAUUCGGUUAGCUUUGGGGGCACUUGGCCCACCUUCUGGGCCAGAGCUUAACUCCUGUGCAACCUUUUGACAAAGGCAUGUGGGAUGAGAAUUGUCUGUUGGUUAACUGGGAUGCUCUGGGGCGCUUCAGAAGGGUCUGGUCUCCAGUAACCACACACUGGUGUGUUGGCAUCACUUUAUCUCACAUCUUUGAGACUAUUUUUGUUUUUUAUUGUACCUUUCAUCUGUUUUGCAAAGUGCUUUCAAGAGCAGGUCAUUUGAUCCUACUGCCUGUGAAGGUGGUGUGGUUUUGGAGGGAAGGGACUUCAGCUCCUUGAUGUGUCCAAUUGGGAUAAUGAUAACACCAGGCGAGGGAGGGGGGCUGGGGGGUGGCGGUGGAAUGGGCAUCACCGUGCGCCCUCCCCAUCCAGCCAGCGCAGAUUCCGCCUAGCCUCUUCUUCCCCAGUGACCUGGACCUGGAAAUGAGCUUCCGAGAGCUACUGCGUCGGGAAAUACUAGGUGGCUUUCCCUCAUUAUCCCUCUUACUGCGCCGCCGAGACAGGUUAGGAAAUGCCUUUCCCAGGCCCCCAAAGCAGAGAGAGGAGGUGGGAGAUACCUCAGAUCGUACAGACAGGGGUUCUUCAUCCAGCUCUCUUUAACUGGGAUCCAACCACCCAUUUCAGUCACUUCCUCCACCGUGCCCCUCUUUUGCUGUCUUAGUCUACACUCAUUUUAUACUUCUAAGAUGCUUCCAAGCACUUUUAUAUACACUUUAAAAUCUCAUUCACGUAACAGCCCUGUGAGAUGGUGUGAGCUCGUUUUACAGGCGAGGAAACUGAGACUCAAGAGAGAAGUGCUCUGCUCAGCAAGGAAGGAGCCCAGACUGAACUCGGGUCUUUUGACUUGGCAGUGCUUUUCACGUGGGCUCCAUCACACAGGUGGCUCCUGGAGCUCAGGAUGUUCUUUUGCCCUACUGCUCCAGCGCCGUGACGGGAAGAAUACGAACUUUUCCCAAGGAGGCCUGCUUGGCAUUUAGAAACUAAGUCCAAGCCUCAGGUAGUCAAAUCAUCCUCUUGUGUUGCAGCCCUGUGCCGCGGGGAUCAGGAACGAGGCCUGGCCUCGUGAUCAGAGGGGCCGCGUUCCUUGUUUGGGUUCUGUGGAGGACCGAAUGGGCUGAGCUGGAACUGAUCUAAAUGUCAGGCAAAGGAGGUCUUUUUCAAUGCAGAAAUAAAUGCUCACCCAGUCUGGAAAUACAGCUCCAGGAGAGGAGAGAUCUUGGCGUCUUGUUCAGUGCUGUGUCUCAGCUGCAAAGUGGAGCCUGGGACCAAAUACUCGUCCAGCAUGCUCUGCCCACCCCCCGCCGAGGCGCACUGACCAUGAGCUUCAACUCCUCCCUCAGCCACAGGAAGGAGCUGAGUAACCUCACCGAGGAGGACGGUGGCCAAGGGGGCGUCGUUGUCACUGAGUUCAUCGCCAUUGUCGUCAUCACCAUUUUCGUCUGCCUGGGCAACCUGGUCAUCGUGGUCACCUUGUACAGGAAGUCCUACCUCCUCACCCUCAGCAACAAGUUCGUCUUCAGCCUGACGCUGUCCAACUUCCUGCUGUCCGUGCUGGUGCUGCCUUUCGUGGCGACCAGCUCCGUUCGGAGGGAAUGGAUCUUCGGCGUGGUCUGGUGCAACUUCUCGGCCCUCCUCUACCUGCUUAUCAGCUCGGCCAGCAUGCUCACCCUCGGGGUCAUCGCCGUCGACCGCUACUAUGCUGUCCUGUACCCCAUGGUGUACCCCAUGAAGAUCACAGGUAAUCGAGCUGUGGUGGCGCUCGUCUACAUCUGGCUUCACUCCCUCAUCGGUUGCCUGCCACCUCUGUUUGGUUGGUCAUCGGUGGAGUUUGACGAGUUCAAGUGGAUGUGUGUGGCCGCAUGGCACCGGGAGCCUGGCUACACCGCCUUCUGGCAGAUCUGGUGUGCCCUGUUCCCCUUCCUGGUCAUGCUGGUGUGCUAUGGCUUCAUCUUCCGCGUGGCCAGGGUCAAGGCACGCAAGGUGCACUGUGGCACCGUGGUCCUUGUGGAGGAGGACGCGCACAGGAAUGGGAGGAAGAACUCCAGCACCUCCACCUCUUCCUCGGGCAGUAGGAAGAACGCCUUUCAGGGCGUGGUCUAUUCGGCCAACCAGUGCAAAGCGCUCAUCACCAUCCUGGUGGUCAUUGGUGCCUUCAUGGUCACUUGGGGCCCCUACAUGGUCGUCAUCACCUCUGAGGCCCUCUGGGGGAAGAACUAUGUCUCCCCAACCCUGGAGACCUGGGCCACUUGGCUGUCCUUUACCAGUGCCGUCUGCCACCCGCUGAUCUAUGGACUCUGGAACAAGACGGUUCGCAAGGAACUACUGGGCAUGUGCUUUGGGGAUCGAUAUUACCGGGAACCGUUUGUGCAGCGGCAGAGGACUUCCAGGCUCUUCAGCAUUUCCAACAGGAUCACAGACCUGGGCCUGUCCCCACACCUCACGGCACUCAUGGCAGGCGGGCAGCCCCUGGGUAACAGCAGCAGCACGGGGGACACCGGCUUCAGCUGCUCUCAGGACUCAGGAACGGAUGUCAUGCUGCUCGAAGACUUCACGUCUGAUGACAACCCUCCCUCCCACACUUGCCCACCCAAGAGGAGGAGCUCAGUGACGUUCGAAGAUGAAGUGGAACAAAUCAAAGAAGCCGCCAAGAACCCUGUUCUUCACGUGAGAGCCGAAGUGCACAAGUCCUUGGACAGUUACGCAGCCAGCUUGGCCAAAGCCAUAGAGGCUGAAGCCAAAGUCAACUUAUUUGGGGAGGAGGCGCUGCCUGGGGUCUUGCUUGCCGCACGGACCGUCCCCGGGGUUGGCUUUGGGAGCCGCCGAGGCAGCAGGACUCUCGCGAGUCAGAGGCUGCAGCUGCAGAGCAUCGAGGAGGGGAACGUUCUAGCCGCGGAGCAGACGUGAGGGUGGAUGCCCUCAACACACACUGGUGUGCAGCCAUCAGAAAAAACACUGAACACAAUGUCUUUUCCUCAUCUAUAAAAUGAACUUUGUAUUCUGUUUCUAUGUGGGGACACAGACUCCAGGGGGCCCUCUGAUUAUGUGGAUUAGAGCAUCCAGCACAGUGCCUGGGGCAUAGCGGAUGCUGAACCCCUGCUGUUUCUUCUCCACUCUGCAGACUUGUCUCUGUCUCCAGCCUCCCUUCCCAUGGGCUAAAGAGAGGAAGGAGACUGAGCAGGAAGGGGCCAACUGUUGCACAAUCCGUACCACAGUCGCCUGGGUACAUCCAUCCAUGUGUUUUUCAUGAAUUCCCGCAAGAAAAUUAGCUUCAUGGAAUAUUGUUAAGUGGCGUGGAAGUGACCAAGAAAGAGACAACAAACAAACACUGUUAACCCAGAGUUCUAAAGGAGGUUUAAUGAAUAGCAGUGCUGUCUCUCGAUAUGUCCAUCCCAUAACCGAAGUCAAAGGGCGGGUGGUAGAUUAUCAGAGACUUGGAACAGCCUCAAGGCACAGAGCCCACCACCUCUGUCUGACCCAACACCUGCCACCACUAAAGCUGCAUUCCUUUUCUAAGUGGGUAAGUGAGCCCUGGGGUCCACUGUCUCCCCUGCAACAAACACUGGAUCAUGGAAGCGGCCAGGACUCGUGAACUCUGCCUCUGUAGAAUGUCUUCUCUCCUAGCUGCCUCCUUGACUGCUCGUCUGGCCUGCCCUGCUCCUUUAUAACAUAUAACACCAAAACUACAAAAUCGCUAAAGGCAGGGGGCCUGAUUCCUUGGACAAAUACCACUUUGUAAUGUUUGGGUUUAAAAAAAAAAGAACAGUUUUAGAGCAGUUUUAGGUUCCCAGCAAAACUGAGCAAAAAGUUCAGAAUCCCCCCACUCCCACCUGCUCAGCCUCCUCCACUAUCGACAUCCUGCGCCAGAGUGAACAAACGCCAUUGAUUUUCUCCUCUUGCUCUUCCUGCCAGAGUCACCCUUGACCCCACUGAGUACUCCAGUCUGGGCUGUCGGUUUUCCAGCAUUUCUCUAUAGCAUAAUCCCUCUGUAGUGUCAUAUUAUGCGCCCCAGUAGUCUUUUCAGUUAUUCUGUAAACCCUUCAACCUCUCGUGGGGUCCUAACACAGCCCCUGGGACAUAGGUGGUGCAAAUAUGACUGCCUCUAUCUGAGGGAGGAGGAAACAGAAGCCCAAAGAAGUCACAUGGCUUGAGCAGAUCACAUAACUAUUUGGGUACCAGAAACUGAGACCUGGCACUUUUUGGAAAUCAUGCAUUUGCCCUGUUUGGCUAAACUUCUAACUCACUCCUUUCUUUCCCUUUGACCAUUCAGCAUAUUCCUAAUAUGGAGACAUAUGCGUCCUGCCCAGGCUAAGAGCUAGAUGUUGAAGUCCAACUGAAGUUACCGAGCCAACUAGAGUUAUUUUUCCUCUCUCCAGAAAGCCAAUCUGUCUUCUCUCAGCAUCAGGUGUCCUUGGGCUUGCAGCCAUGCUCCGGGGAGGAGCCAUCCCUGGUCUCCACAUGGGAGAAGGAUGCUUUGCCUGGCCACACCUGUGAGUCUGUUCAUGGCCCAACGAGAGUGGGCAUGACAGUUUAGGAGACAGGAGAGAGGAUGGCUGAAGGGUUAAGUCUGCAGGUGCAGCUUCAAGUCGUAACCUGUAAGACACAGACCUGGGUGUGGAUGGCUUAAGUCGAGUGAAGGUGGACACCAGAGAGGAGGAAGACCAGGAAUUAGAAGACUGGAUGGUCAACACUUUCAGUUGAAACCUAGAAGUUGGAGAAAGGAAGGCUAGAAGCCAGAGCUCUCAGAACUGGCUUGUGCUAAUAUGGUGUGAUACAAUGGUGACCAAAACAGUCACAGUCUCUGUCAUCAAGGAGCUUAUCUAGACUGAGCACUCAAGGGAGUGUACAAUUACAGCCCGGCGAGUGAGCACGGCACGUCCUCUCAAGUUCCAUGAUUUACACUUGCUGUUCCUCUGCUUGGGACACCUUCACCCAGUUCUUCAGCUGUAAUGGUUCUGCUUACUCAUCUCGAUAUGACUAUUAUUCCCUGUGUGAAACUUCCCCCAGACUUUUUCAAAUACCCAACCUGCAGAAUUAUGAACUCCUUCCUUCACACUCCAGAAUAUUUUGUGUGUAUCGUGUAAUAAUUACAGUAAUAGCUUGUUUGCCUGUCUUCUUACAGACUAGACUGUGAGCUCCUGGGAAGGUGGUAGUUAUUUCUUUUAUGUCCUAAGGGUCUAGUACGAGAGGUUCAAUGAAGGUUUAUCAAAUAAAUGAACAUCAGUUUUACUAAGAUAAGAUAUAUUACGUUAGGGUAUGUAAAGAAGGCAACAGUACCGAAUCACUACCACCACUAGCGUGGAACCCUUUCUAUCACAGAAAGAUUUCUCCAGGGUAAGCUGGGGGAAAAAAGGCUUAGACACGGGGGAAACAGUUCCGUCCCACUGUCAACACCAAGAGAAAACGGAAUCCUGAGAUUUUAUUAUCUACAGAGGCUUAAACACUCCCAUUGGAUUCUAAGUCAACAACACCAGUAUACAGAAGGGAUUGUAAGUUUAAUUGUCCAAGUGAAUGAGAUUAAAUCCCCUCUACGCCAACUCCAUUUCAAUGUCAAACUAAUGAGAUAAUGUAUGUGUGUAUGAUUUGUAACCUGAAUUAUACAAAUUUUAGUUAUUAUUAUAUAAUAAGUGUUCAAUACACAUUUGUAAAAUAAAUGAACAAAAUAAGAUGAUGACAGACCUUCACAGGUCACUAAGGAAACUAAACACAGUGGAAGACUUUCUGAUCAAUAAAAGGCUACCUAAGGGAUGUUAGUAUAAAAGAGAUUACACUCUUUUUAUUGGAUGAUAUACUUUCAUGAGAGAAAAAAACAUGAAGUUGCUAUUCUGCUUAACCAGAGUAUCGUGAAUAGGGUACAACAACUGAGUAUAUUCAACACACCUAUUCUGUCAUAUUACUGGGGCCUGAGGAAGCACUAUCAGCCUAUUUCAGAAUGUGUAGGGUGGCCCAAAUUCUCUCUGGUUGUCACACUUACGAAUGAAGAGGGGGACAUGGAGGGGAAGGAGGAAAUGUCACAGCCUUCAAAUCAAGCAGUUUACAGCAGACGUUAGAAUUCUGCAGAGUCCAAAGCAAGUGACAAGAAGGCGAGGGAGGGCCCAUGGAGUCUCCUAUGGGUCACACGGUAACUGACAGUGGCUUGUGGAAUGAGGAAGAGGGCAGAGCAGCUGUCCGUUUCUCAAAUCCUUCUCACGUAACUGCUGCCAAGUCAUGUCUCAGAAUAGAAACCCAAUUUCUAAGAAUAAAUUAAAUGAAAUCUUUUUGUCCACAAAGUGCUACUGAGGUAGGAAAACUGAUAAGCAGUUCAACACUUUCACAAAUCUCUGGCUGGUAAUUACAGACCACGGAGAUCUGAGAACACUGUGUUCUUUUAAAUGAAAACUAGAAAUAAUCACUUCUGUAUCCACUGUUUUCGAAAGUUGACAACACCAAAUUGCUCCUGUAAGUAAGGUUUACAUUUGUGGGAAUGUUCCUGUAAUUCUCUGUUAGAAAUAUUUCUUCAAGAAAUUAUUUUUGAUCGGAAAAGAUAAGAUCAUGAAGGGAUAGUAAGUUUGCUGGGGGUGUGGGGAGGGGACAAGGGAGAUAUGAAAAAAAUACCCCAAGGAAACCUGUGUUCCAACAAAACAGAGUCAAUACAAGACUCAUCGUUAGCUAAAGAUUUGAUACUAGAAGUUCAUUCAUUUGUUCACCCAUUCAUUCACGAAACACUAUUAUAUGCUAGGCACUGUUCUAGAAGCUAGCUAUCCAGCUGUGAAUAAGACAAACUAGGUCUCUGGUCUUAAUGAGCUCACUUUCUAGAGGAGAAAAACAGAAAAUAAGAAAUGUAUUUUUCUCCUUUAAUCUGUGUAGCAAGACAAAAAUAAAGAAAUGAAGUUAGAAUAAGUACUUGAUGAAAUAGGCAAUGACCAGAGAGUGACUGAAUGAGAAGGAGGGUGUGAGAAGGCACAUGAAACAACUUCACACUGGGCGACUAGGGAAGACUUUUCUAAGGAGGUAACACUGGAGCUGAGACCUCAAUUGUAUGUUCAAUUAUUAGUGAAGUUGGACGAAGUUGCCUAAAAGGCAGAGGAAACAGCCAGUGAAAAGGUCCUAAAUAUGCUAACAAGCUUGACGAAUCUGAGGAGGAAAGUAGCCAUUUAUGGCUGAAAUGUAGUGGGCGAGGAGAAAACUGGAAUGUGUCGACUCAGUGGCCGGCAGGUCUAGGUCAUGUAGAUCAGCGUAUGAAGUCUGGGUUUUAAGAGCAGCUGGGGAGUCCCUGAGAAUUUUAAGCAAGGGUGACAUAACCUAAUGUAUAUUUUUAAAAAAUGGGUCAGCAAACUAUGGCCCCUGUGCAAAUCCUCCCACAGCCUAUUUCUGUAAAUAAAGUUUCAUUAAAGCAGAGCCAUGCCCUUGAUCUACAUAUUAUCUAUGGCUGCUUUUGCACCACAAUGUCAGAAAUGAGUAGCUGCAACAGAAACCACAUGGCCCACAAAGCCUAUUUACUGUCUGGCCGUUUAAAGAAAAAGUUUACUGACCCACGUUUUAGUUUUAUUUUUGGCUGUGUUGGGUCUUCGUUGCUGUGUGCGGGCUUUCUCUAGUUGCGGUGAGUGGGUUUCUCAUUGCGGUGGCUGCUUCUUGUUGCGGAGCACGGGCUCUAGGAUUGCGGGCUUCGGUAGCUGCAGCAUGUGGGCUCAGCAGUUGCAGCCCCUGGGCUCUAGGGCGUGUGGGCUUCAGUAGUUGUGGCUUGCGGGCUCUAGAGCGCAGGCUUAGUAGUUGUGGCGCACAGGCUUAGUUGCUCCGCGGCACGUGGGAUCUUCCUGGACCAGGGACCGAACCCGUGUCCCCUGCACUGGCAGGCAGAUUCUUAACCACUGCGCCACCAGGGAAGUCCCUGACCCAUGUUUUAAAAAGCUCCCUCUGUGCUGUGGAAAUCAGAUUGUAUGAAGGCGAGAGCAGAAGCAGGGAGACCAAGGUAGAUGAAUAUGUGUUAUAUUCUGGAGUAAAGCUACCAUAAUUGAUGGAGUGAAUCUGUGUAUGACUGGGUAAGUGCCUGUGAGUCAAUAUGAUGUUACGCUCUAUAGAUCCAUCGUGGAGAACACUGUGGCGAUCUAGACGUACGUGUGCCAAGGUCCAGAGGUAUGAAGGGAUGCUUCAGGGUUUUAUAAACCAUAUUAACAUAUUUGGACUCUAUCCUAAGAGCAUGAGGAGGCCCAGGAGAAUUUUAAGGAGGGGAGUAAAUUGAUCAGAUUCUAACAUAUUUUAGAAAAGAUUAGAAUGGUUCACACACCAUCUCUCCAAAGCCUGUCAAAACUUCUAGGAAUCUCAGAACUGCCUUUCUCUCUCAAGAAGUUGCCUAGACUAAAAGUCUUUAGUACAGCAUUCAUGAGAAUAAUUUUGGUUGCUUUUUUAAAAUGCAGGAGCUCAAACGCUAUUCAGAUGAAAUGAAUCAGAAUCUUUCAUGGAUAGGAACCAGGUAUUUGUAGUUUUAAAAGGGGGAUUUAAAGUGCACUCUUCAUUAAAAAUCACAGCUUAAGCAGGAAGGAGCUGAUUUCCCAGGAAGCCUUGUGGAGUAAUGGAAAGGCUGAAGUAUUCUGUGGCUAGAUUGUGCUUCCAUGAUCAAAGUCUAUUACUAACUCUCCUUGAAUACGCAGACAUUAUUGUACUUGGAAUACAGGACAAUGAAGGGAAGGAGAGGAAAGGAGUAGUUGACUCAUCAAAUAACUAGACAUCUUAAGGAUAAAAGCAGCAGAAAUACAAACUCUUGGGUACCUUUUUCUAUCUAGUCUUUUACCUAAGAGAAACAAGAGGGUGAGUUAAGUUGACUAAACCUUGACUGCUGACAAAAAGAAAUAGAAGAAAGGGAACCUUUAUAUUAUAAAACAUCUAAUUCUAAAAUCAAAGAAGGAUGGUAAUAACUAUUAGUUAACAAACCAUUGACACAUUAGCACCUAUUUAAAAUAGAUUCUUGGACUUCCCUGGUGGCGCAGUGAAUCCACCUGCCAAUGCAGGGGACACGGCUUUGAGCCCUGGUCCGGGAAGAUCCCACAUGCCGAGGAGCAACUAAGCCCGUGCGCCGCAACUACUGAGCCUGCGCUCUAUAAAGUCUACAAGCCACAACUACUGAGCCUGCAUGCUGCAACUACUGAAGCCCACACGCCUAGAGCCUGUGCUCUGCAACAAAGAGAAGCCACGGCAAUGAGAAGCCCGUGCACUGCGAUGAAGACCCAAUGCAGCCAAAAAUAAAUUUAUUAGAAAAAAUAGAAUAGAUUCUUGCACAAAUGAAAGGAGAAUUCGUUUCCUAUAGGAAAACUCAGGAAGAACCAUUCACCGGAUGAACUCUUCAUAAGAACAAGCUAAUUUUAGUUGUCAUAAUCAGCAAAUGUUUUUCUUGUUCUAUAAAAUGCUGCCUCCUCAAAUCUGAAAUCCAAGUGAAUUUUUAAGGUUACUGAUUGUUACUGAAGAAAACAGAUCAAAAGAUGUUACAGUGGUUAGAAGUACUACAAUAAUAUUUUGUUGGACUACAAACAUUUUCUGUUUACAUUUUAGGUUUAUUUUUUGUUUUGACUAUUUGAAAUUUUCACUCUUUCCUGGUAAUAGUUAAUAUUUACAAUUUGAGGGUUAUUUUCUCUCCAGCUCUUUUAAUUACAGACAUAAGGGGCUUCUUUCAAUGCUUCAGGGGUACUACAGUCUCUCUCCUCCAGGACUUAGACAAAUGCUACAUACUCUUUAUUUUGCCUGGAAUACUUAGCUCUCCCUUCCCCACCCUCUGAGAAAGUGAUAUAUAAUCUACUGCUUAUAUAGACCUGAAGGUCUGAAAUGGAAGUUAUCCUAAUAAAGAGUGAGGAUGGGAGGGGACAUCAUGAUUAGAAAGAUCUCUGAAGUGGGAAAGAGUUUGAUGUACCCCAAAAUUCAGAGAGGGCCAGAGUGGAUGGAGUGGAUAGAGAAGGAAAGAAUGCACUAGAAAAGCAGUUUGAGGUCAGGUCCUCCAGAGGACUGUGUGUCUUAUUCAUGACUUGAACGUGUUCCUGAAAGUGAAAUUUGUAGGUAAAAGGGGAGUAAGUGCUUGGAAGCUAGUUUCAAAUUCAGGCUUUACCAUUUAUCAGUUAUGUGACCUGGGGUGAGUUAUUACAAAUAAUCUACUUUGUAAAGGGUUGGAGCUAACUGAGGAUAAAUUUGUGAAAUGACUGGUAUAUUGCCUGAUACAUUACAGGUAUUCCAUAAAUGGUGGUGGUUGUUUUUAUUAAAUAAUACCCAACAUAUGAAGAAAUUUGUGAUAUCAGUGAAGAGUGAUAAACACUUUGUUUAUAAUGGAUACUGGAUAUUUUCUACUGUUAUGAACACAGGUUAUUCCAUUCCUUCUUGAAUAUUAGUUAUAAUAUAUGCAAUUUUGUAUCUGUGGCACUGAACCUCACAGUUUAUCAUCUAAAACAAAAAAAUACUGAAAAAAACAUACUGAGCUAUCUGUUUCAACCUCUGUAGUAACACGUUACAUUUAUUUUUGUCUGGGCUGUGACUGAUUUUGACCAAACCUACCAUUAAAGGGUACUUACUAUAACGUAUCUUAAGGUUUAUGGUAUGAUCUUCCACUCUGAGAAGAAAAGCACAGCUGAUAAAAUUUUCAAAUGACUUCAUCUUUUCACUUUGACACUUUUCAAUAAAGUUGGCUCAUGGGGAUAUAAAUUACUGUACUAAGAUCAAGAAUUCAUAGAACUCAUUCAAAAGUUAAGCUGCCUUCCAUGCACCUGUUCCCUCUGAGAGGACUUAAUGUCAGCAAGAAAUAAACUUCUCUUGUGUUAAAAAAAAAAAAAGUUAAGCUGCCUUGACUUUGUAAUUUAAGGAAAUUUUUACUUUACUUUUUACUUUUACUUCACUUCACUUCACUUCACUUUAUUGGCUGUGCCGCAUGGCACACGGGAUCUUAGUUCCCCAACCAAUCGAACCCAUGCCCCCUGCAGUGGAAGCUCGGAGUCCUAACCAACGGACCACCAGGGAAGUCCCCCUUUUUUUAAAAAAUAAAUCCCUUUAAAGUAGAUCUUAAAUAAUAAUGUUUUUCAAAUAUAAUAAUGAUUUUAAUAGUACACUGACAGUUCUUACCAGCUCGAAUAUGAUUCAGUGAAGCCAACAUCCUCAACAUGAAAGAGGCUGGAACUGUAAUGGUAUUUCUAGUCUCUUCCAGCAUGAGUUCAUUUCGAGUUAUAACCUAUGAGGCAAGUUAAAUAACCAUGUCAAAGAUCACAGGGUAACUGUACCUUUUCCUUAGAGAUUAGGAGAACAGUAAAAAAUUAGCAGGAAUUAUUUCAUUCUUCAUAUGUAUCUAUAUAUGUCUAUAUUUCCACCUUAAGGCUACUCAGUACCAAAUAAUUACUUUAACUUGCAUUCGACAGAGUAAGAUCAGAGAACACUACUCUUUCAACUGGCAGAAAGACAAAGGUCAAACCUUGAGGCUACUUAAAACAUUCAAGAAUUCAAUUUAUUUUUACUUAUAAUUUGUUUUCCAGAGCAGUCUACUUUGUGUCUGUUUAUUAUUUUCCCAUCUAGUAGAACUGAUACUUCUAGUGACAGAGCAGUGUUAAAUUAUUAUCCCUGGGUCACUUGGGUCCCUCAAGAAAAAUGUUACCUUGACUGAAGCAAAGUAAUCUUGAAAAAUAAACCUUUGGAUAAGAGUUACCAAUGAAUUUUGUCUUAAGUACCAAGCAUUGGACUAAAUGAACAUCCAUGAACACCUAGGGAGCUAAUGGAUAAUCACAGGCAAAGGAAAAAAGAAAGAGGAAAAGCAAAGGUCAUGGCAAAGGAAAAACAGGAAGAAAGAAAGGAAAGCAUGAGAGGAAGAAAAAGAUGCUAACCUGAUCAGCAGUCCCCCAAUGAUAUUACAAUACUUUUUCAACUCAUCGGGGUGCCCGACAGGGCCCUUUACAACCAUGCCCCAACCUAGCUUUUUAGUCCAACUGAGCUGCUUUCAUAUGUGUCCUCUAGGUUUCAGCACACUGGUGGUUCACUUACCUUACAGUAACUUGAAGCACACUGAUCCUUCUGUCUCAAAUGUUCCUUUGAUCCUUGUAUGCCUAGGAAACUCAGUCCAAUUCUUAUUUCCUCUGUGAAGACCGUCCCAUCCCAUCUAUUCCAUUUGCAACCAUGGCUGUUCCUUUCUACGGGCUUCCAAAACACUAUGUGUACAUCUCUGACACUGAGCACACUAUAUUCUAGCUGUUUAUAUGUCUGUUUUUUCCACGAGUCUUUCAGUUCUGAAGGAGGGGGUUAUCUUUUUAAAUUCAGCACUGUGCCUGACAUACACCAAGUGUUUUAUAUAUGUCUAUUAAAUGAGUAAAAGUAUACGUGGGAAUUUCACUGUGAACUGUCAACCUUGGUCUAGAGAACUAGUUUUCCAACUCAUUAAUAUUUUUAGCAAUGAACUCUUAUUUUAUUAAGAGGGGGUGGUAUCAACCUUAGUUGCAAUCCCCUCCUCACAGAAGUUCAACAAUUAGUUAGUAGCUGAUUAAUGCAAUGGAUCCUUAUUUUCAUAAGAAAUCUUAUACGGAAACCCAAAAAUGAAAACCCUCGUUGCAUUUGGGAAGGAAAUGCCCAGAGUUUAGCUUUCAUAUCAUCCAUCUUCCUGCUUCCAAUUCUGUAAAAAACCUAGAGCUUCAGAGAACUCAGUUUGAAAACUAGUGAUGUCACAGUAGCUUCAGAAGCUGAGGAAAUCUUAAAAUAUAAUCGUAAAGGAAAAGAGUCUCCAAUCGUUUGUUCUGCUACCUAUUUGGCUAUGAUUAUGGAGAACAGCUAUAGCAAAACUAUUUUCUUAAAAGGACAUAGUGGUUUUUUUUUAAUGAUUCUUCAUUGCAAUAAGCACAAAUAGUCACCCUAUGUUUCUUCAACUACAAUAUACUAUAUCUGUUACUACCAAUAAUCAAUAUUCUACUUAUCCAAAUAAUAUUCCAAUUUUUACCUCUCUAGUAUUGUGGGCAUGUUUUAUUCUUGACUUUUCUUUUUCUUAAAAUUUGACCUCAUUAAAUGAAUUAACUUGUUUUAUGUUACCAGCUAAUAACAAAAUGAGCUGCUUUGAUUCUUCUUCAAACAGCAGUUCAGGAACAAAGUGACAUAUGUUCUAUAAUAAGUAUAAUAAAAAUCUUACUUCAUCGGCGAGUUUUCGGUUAAAAAUCCUUGACUCUUCUAGGGGUGACCAGAUCUUUAUGUCAUAAUCUAUGCCAGACGAGGCUAGAACUAGAAAUAAAAUGCUCACAUUAAUAUAAAGCUUAGAAAUAUGCCAUUAAUUCAUGUACAUUUAUAAUGUAUAUAUGCAUGUAUGUAUAUGUUCAGCAAAAUUGAGUUAGAAUGGAAAUUGUACUGAUAACUGAGAAUAUUAUUUUGAAGAUUUCCUAAAAGUUACUCUAGAACACAAUUUUAAGACCAUCUUGAAAUCACUCGAAUUUUUUUCUUACUUACUGCUCUUUUAUGAGAAACAUGGGCAAUUUCAAAUGGAAGGCAAGAAAAAGCCAAUGCUCCUUUGUUCUGGUAAAUUAAUUCAGACAUGUGAAGACUAAAAGGCUUGGAGGUUCAAUUUGGUUAAGUAGUGAAAAGUUCAAUCAGCCAAACCUCUUACAGCUGAAAAAACUUAGAAGCACUCUUAAGAGUAUAAACUCGUUAACCUAUUUCCCCAUAUUUUCUGCCCAAAGCAGGUUAUAAGUGUUUUUUGUUUUAAACCCCAAAUAGUAAUACUUGACCCUAGUGGCUGCCUACUAGGAUAAUUUGGAUUAUUUUUAUAUUAACAACUAGGAAAAAGUUGAAGCUGAUUAAUUAUACUAAUGAUUUCUAGCCCUUGCCUUAUAAAAGGUCAUCUUACUUGGGUCAAACGGGUGUGGCUGCAGGCAGUUUACCACGUGAUUAUCAGCUUCCAGAAGCAUUAAAUGCUCAGCAGUGUGACGAUCCCAGAUGAAGAUAUGGCCACAGUCAGAACCACUCAUUACAAAGUUAGCACCCCAGAAAUUGGCUUCUUUUAUCUAAGGGUUAAAAAAAAGGAAAUGAUAAGAGAAUUCAAAUCAAAGUUAUUAAAAAAGAUU